GCUAGACUUGACGAAGCCCAAGUUGAAAUACAAGCCUUAAAGAAACAACUCCGUGAGGUCGAUAAGACAGUGAACAACACUAAAGAUUCCCUUGAGUUCACCCAAGGUGAGCAUGACGACCUUGUGGAACGCGUCGCGAACUGCGAAAACGAGCAGUCAACUUGUUGGGAUGAGCUGACUCAUUUAAACAUCUAUAGUCGUCGAUGGAAUCUAAUUUUCUACAGAGUCAAUGAGUCCAAAGACGAGGAUUGCUUCUCGCUGGUACGUGACGUCUUAACCCGAAAUUUAAACCUACCACAAGACGAAGUCUCGAAUAUGAAGCUUUGCGGGCACACCGUCUUGGCAAGCCAAACAGAAACAGAGCCCGACCUCUUAUUGCUCGCUUCACGUGUCGUGCUGACAGAGAUCGUGUCUGGAAAGCUCGCUACAGGCUGAAAAACUCGCGUAUUUCAAUGAGUGAAGACCUCCUGAAGCACAUACAAGAAAUCAGGAAAAACGUCCUUAUCCCUGCGAUGAAGAAGAUAAAACAAGAAACACCUAGCCACAAAGCUUCCGUCAUAGGAGAUAAGUUAGUUGUUAAUGGAAAAGUUUACUUUCAUUAUGACGUGCCGAAAAAAUGGCUCCCUGUCAACUCUUCAGUGAAUACCCAUGAGGAUUAUGGCAAUGGUACAGCCGAACAUCAAGAACCACUGCAAAGUCAAGAAGAAUCCUCUGAUGUUAUGGUCCAAUCCCAAGAACUGCUUAGUCAAAGCGAAUAGGUGACGCUUUUUCCGUAAGUCCAAUCCUUUCACAAAACUUUAAAAUUAACUCUUAGUUGAAAACCAGUUUUAUUUUUACUCCGUUGCUUCUUGCCUUUAAAAUCAUGCUCUAGUUUUGUGUUUCCAAAUACGAGGACUUAAUUUCGACCCUGAGAUGGAACUCGCUAUUUUCAUGCUUCCCUUGCGGUAACCAAAUUUUCACUUGCACCUUUCAAAAUGGCAAAUCCGUUUAUUUUACAUUCAGAGUCAAAGUCGUUGUUAUUGCGGAUGCUUUCUACGUCCCUUGUUAUGCUACCCUCUCAAGUACGCCAAACCACUUUCGUGUGGUGCGUUCGAAGGCCUUUUUCAGCGCCUUUUUUAUUUUUCUGUUUAUGUUUCUUAAGUAAUGUUUGUCUAAGUCCUUUGAUAAUUUAUUUUAUUUCUACUAGUAGUUUGAACACUUUAAUCACCAAAACACUGCAUUCACAUUCACACUUUGGCCAAAAGACAGCUGUCAAAGUCCACCGUUGCCAGCGCAAUUUUCUGACUUUUUCCCUUUGUCCCGUUGACGCCUUUAAAACCUAGUUUUGAUGUUAAAUUCCAGUCCUUAAACGUAAGAGGACUGAAUAAGUCAAUCAAACGUCGAUCAAUCUUCCGUUGGUUACAUAAUCAAAAAUUCCAUUUCACAUUCUUACAAGAAACCUACAGCUCUAAAGAAUGUGCCCAAAUUUGGGAAGCUGAAUGGGGUGGGAAGGUUUAUUUUAGUCACGGCAGUUCACACAGCAAAGGUGUCAUGACUCUCGUUACUCCGAACUUAGAUGUCAAGGUCGAAAAAUGCAUCCAAGACACGAAUGGCAGGUUUCUUAUACUUGACCUAUUAAUUGAUGAGUUGCAUCUAAUUCUAGUGAAUAUUUAUGCCCCGAAUGACGCGAAUCAGCAAGUCACGUUUUUAAAGAGCUAGAAAAUCAGCUUGAAGAUUUUGCCCAAGAGAAUAUUAUUAUCGCAGGUGACUUCAACUGCGCUCUUUCUGAAAAUGACAAAAAGGUGGAAAUUCAGUUUGGAAAAAAAUCCAUAGUAAUUAAAGAAGUUCAGCAUCUUGCGAACCUCUAUAAUUUAACAGACAUUUGGCGCGAUCGCAAUCCGAACGACAACCGCUUCACUUGGAGAAACAAAUCGCUAAAAAUCCAAUGCCGACUAGACUUCUUUUUAAUUUCAAAAGAACUCAGCAGUGACACACAUGCUUGCAAUAUAAUUAACGCCCCUGAAACUGAUCACUCGGCUGUCACUUUACAUCUUAAGACAGAAGAUUUAUUGCAACCUAAAGCUCCUGGUUUUUGGAAAUUUAAUAAUUCUCUAUUAGAGGACGAAGACUUCACUUCCGCAAUCCGCGAAAGUCUACCGGAUUUCAAAGAUAAAUAUGCUGACCUGGAUGACUUAGGUCUAAAAUGGGACUUAAUUAAAAUGGAAAUUCGCGGAUUCACAAUCAAGUAU